AAAACCUCUCGUCAUUGUAUCAUAUGAUACAUAGAGAAAUACCGGUAUAGUACUGCAAAUUGCGUGUUCCUCAUCACAUAAAUAAAUCCACCCACUCGGAUAGACGGACCCCUCGUCCCCGAUGGCUGAACCAAUUAUCGACGAAGCCCUCCGCGAGGUACCACCCCUACCUUUCCUCUUGCUUAACUUUACAUUCCGCCCUGCUGAAAUAUUUCAGAGGCUCAAGUCAGCUCUCUGGUUCUCCAUCGGUAAAAUUGUCGAUGAGGAGAUUCUUCAACUUAAUGUCAAUGCAACUCCUCAAUUCAUUGGAGCUCUGACCGAGAUGGUCUGGGCACAAAUAGAGAACGUUAGUCGAGAUCUCGAGUCAUUCGCCAGGCAUGCUGGACGCUCCACUGUUAGUACCGACGAUGUUCUGCUGCUUGCUCGAAGAAACGAGGGACUGGGGGAGCUUUUGAAGGCCUUUGUUGAUGAAGAGAAUGCCGGGAAGCUUGUGGAUAAAGGAAGGGGGAAGGGAAAAGGGGUUGCAAAAAAGUGAUUUGUUAUUCUCUGAUUUGGGGUAUUAUUGUCACUCCAUAAUUAAUGUCACCAUUGCAACCGGACACAUUAGCAGUCUCCAUAACGCCUACAGCGUUGCUUAAGUGCCUAUUUGUCACAAUCAUAUAUGUAAUUGCUAUUCUGCAAUGACAUAGUCUGCAAGUACAAGU